UGUGAUUUAUAACCCGUGAUGCAAGAUUUGCAAUUUGUUGAUGUCAAGGUUUGGCUGUUCUUAUGGCUUCCAAUUAGAGAAUCUUGAGAUCUGCUUCUUAGAUUUGUAACUUCGAUGAAAUUCUGUAUCUGUGAAAAUUCGGAGAAUUGGGUAUGGUUGGUGAUCGAUUUUGUGCUUAGUAAUUUGCAAAAAAAAAAUAAAAAAAUAAAAAAAAUAAUAAUUUCUCUGGAUUUUGGCCACCGUCUGAAUUUUCUCUGAUUUUGGCCACCGUGUGAAUUUUCUCUGGAUUUUGGCCACGGUGUGUAUAUUUGUUACUGUACGAUAAUACAUUCAGUGACGAGGUAACUCUCAUUUGCUCUAUUUGUAUGUGCAAAAUUUGAUAAGUACACUGGAAACAAGAUUGCUUCGAGCGACAUUGGUGCACCUGAUGUUCAAAUGUCUUACAGCCAGAGAAAAUUGGUGAAAAUGAUUGAUUAACCAGACACCAAAAUACGGAACAUGUGAAAAACACAUCCAACGAAUCACAAGUCUUUCUCUGUCGCCUCCUCACAAAUUGGCAGCUAUUCGAAAUCAAUCAUUGUUCAUCUCCGUUGCGCCCCCUUGUCGUUGAUUCUUGAAUUUUUGGUUGAUUUCUUCCCAAAAAUGAUCCGGUUCAUACUGCUUCAAAACCGGCAAGGGAAGACUCGUCUCGCCAAGUAUUACAUUCCUCUCGAGGAAUCCGAGAAGCACAAGGUCGAAUACGAGGUUCAUCGGUUGGUUGUGAACAGAGAUCCCAAGUUCACCAAUUUUGUUGAGUUCCGUACACACAAGGUUAUCUACAGGAGAUAUGCUGGAUUGUUUUUCUCGUUGUGUGUUGAUAUAACGGAUAAUGAGUUGGCAUAUUUGGAGUGUAUCCACUUAUUUGUGGAGAUAUUGGAUCACUUUUUCAGCAAUGUUUGCGAGCUAGAUUUGGUAUUUAAUUUUCACAAGGUGUAUCUGAUACUGGAUGAGUUCAUUCUUGCCGGGGAGCUCCAAGAAACAAGCAAGAGGGCAAUUAUAGAGAGAAUGGGGGAGUUGGAAAAGCAGGAGUAAAGAAUUAUGUUGCAGCAGCUCGUGUUCGAGCACUUUUUUCCAUCUUCAAUCCUUCGUGGGUUUUUUUCUCGUUUCUUUUUUGGUGAAAUUUGUUUACACCAUAUCACAGUUGGUAUUGUUGUGAUAAUAUUAGAAAAUUCAACCUAAAGGAUUUUGCUUCCUGCCCUUUUCUAUAUCUUCAGCAUGCGGCCUUUUGUAUUUUCUUCUAUGACAUCUCUGGUAUUUGUUGUUUAAAUCAAUUUGUUAACCUAUAUUAUACAAUGGACAAGAUUGCUUGUGCA